UUGAGGCAGAUUGAGUUUGCAAUAAUGCAAUAAUAUCUCUCUCUUAGCGCCUACUCUUUCUUUGUUCUACAUAUAUUCUUUCACCAAAUGUCUAUAUCCUUUUCAUCAUCAGCUGCGAAAUCUCCUUCUUUGUUUUCCACCAUGCUGCUCCUAAUUGGGCUGCUCAUUUCCAUUAGCCUAGUGAAAACUGACGCCCAAAUUGGUGUGUGUUAUGGAGGGCUUGGAGAUAGGUUGCCAUCUGCAGGAGAAGUUGUAGCUCUCUACAAGCAAUACGACAUCAGGAGAAUGAGAAUCUACUACCCAAACCAAGAUGCUUUACGAGCCCUUCGAGGCUCCAACAUCGAGCUCGUGCUUGAUCUUCCCAAAGAGAACGUCCAAAGCAUUGCCUCCAGCCAAGCCAAUGCCAAUGCUUGGAUCCGAAACAACGUCAGAAACUUUGGCAAUGUCAGGUUCAGAUACAUUGUGGUGGGAAACGAAGUGCAUCCCUGGGAUCAGGCUGCCCAGUUCCUCGUUCCUGCCAUGCAAAACAUCCAAAAUGCUAUUAACUCUGCUGGUCUUGGGAACCAAAUCAAGGUUUCCACUGCCAUUGACACAGGGUUCCUUGGAGAAUCCUACCCUCCAUCAAGGGGGAGCUUCAAGCAGGACUACAGAGCACUUAUUGAUCCCAUAAUCCGGUUCUUGGUGAACAACAGAUCUCCAUUGCUGGUUAACUUGUACACAUAUUUUGGUUACAUUGGAAACACCAGAGACAUCAGUCUUGAUUAUGCACUUUUUAGAUCUCCUUCAGUUGUGGUGCAAGAUGGGCAAUAUGGUUACCAGAAUCUGUUUGAUGCCAUACUUGAUGCUGUUUAUUCUGCCCUUGAGAAGUCUGGAGGAGGGUCUCUGGAGGUUGUUGUUUCGGAGACCGGUUGGCCCUCAUCUGGAGGGACUGCAACUUCAAUUGAUAAUGCAAGGACUUACAACACCAACUUGGUUCAACAUGUCAAGAGAGGGACACCAAAAAGGCCAGGAAGGGCCAUUGAGACCUAUUUGUUUGCCCUGUUUGAUGAGAAUCAAAAGAGCCCGGAGUAUGAGAAGUAUUGGGGGUUAUUCUAUCCAAACAAGCAGCGAAAGUACCCAAUCAAUUUCAACCCUAACUAAGCAGCACUGUACUGUGCCUAUAAAUAAAUAUAUAGAAAUAAAGUGGAAUUAAGAUCCUCCACAUUUUAUGUAAGCAAAAAAUGGUGUUUAUGAAAUUACUUAUAAGAAAAUGUGUUGCAUUAUGCUUUAA